ACCACUGCUCCACUGAUAACCACCACAGCAACAACGACUGCUCCUUCCACAAGCACUACUGCUCCUACGACUACAGUUGCUCCAACCACCACUACUUCAGAAACCACCACCACCAAUGCAGCCCCAAUCAUCACCACCACUGCUCCACUGAUAACCACCACAGCAACAACGACUGCUCCUUCCACAAGCACUACUGCUCCUACGACCACAGCUGAUCCAACCACCACUACUUCAGAAACCACCACCACCAAUGCAGCCCCAAUCAUCACCACCACUGCUCCACUGAUAACCACCACAGCAACAACGACUGCUCCUUCCACAAGCACUACUGCUCCUACCACCACAGCUGCUCCAACCACUACGUCUCCAGAAACCACCACCACCAAUGCAGUCCCAAUCACCACCACCACUACUCCACUGAUAACCACAACAGCAACAACGAAUGCUCCAACAACGACUGCUCCUUCCACAAGCACUACUGCUCCUACCACCACAGCUGCUCCGACCACUACUUCUCCAGAAACCACAACCAGUACUGCAGCCCCAAUCACCACCACCACUACUCCACUGAUAACCACAACAGCAACAACGAAUGCUCUUUCCACAAGCACUACUGCUCCUACCACAACAGCUGCUCCAACCACCUCCAGCACUACAGUCCCUAUCACCACCACAGAAACGACGACUGCUCCUUCCACAAGCACUACUGCUCCUACCACAACAGCUGCUCCAACCACCUCCAGCCCUACAGCCCCAAUCACCACCACCACUGCUCCACUGAUAACCACCACAGAAACGACAACUGCUCCUUCCAUAAGCACUACUGCUCCUACCACCACAGCUGCUACAACCACUACUUCAGAAACCACCACCACCAAUGCAGACCCAAUCACCACCACCACUGCUUCACUGAUAACCACCACAGCAACAACGACUGCUCCUUCCACAAGCACUACUGCUCCUACGACCACAGCUGCUCCAACCACCACUACUUCAGAAACCACCACCACCAAUGCAGCCCCAAUCAUCACCACCACUGCUCCACUGAUAACCACCACAGCAACAACGACUGCUCCUUCCACAAGCACUACUGCUCCUACGACCACAGCUGCUCCAACCACCACUACUUCAGAAACCACCACCACCAAUGCAGCCCCAAUCAUCACCACCACUGCUCCACUGAUAACCACCACAGCAACAACGACUGCUCCUUCCACAAGCACUACUGCUCCUACCACCACGUCUCCAGAAACCACCACCACCAAUGCAGUCCCAAUCACCACCACCACUACUCCACUGAUAACCACAACAGCAACAACGAAUGCUCUUUCCACAAGCACUACUGCUCUUACCACAACAGCUGCUCCAACCACCUCCAGCACUACAGUCCCUAUCACCACCACAGAAACGACGACUGCUCCAUCCACAAGCACUACUGCUCCUACCACAACAGCUGCUCCAACCACCUACAGCCCUACAGCCCCAAUCACCACCACCACUGCUCCACUGAUAACCACCACAAAAACGACAACUGCUCCUUCCAUAAGCACUACUGCUCCUACCACCACAGCUGCUCCAAGCACUACGUCUCCAGAAACCACCACCACCAAUGCAGUCCCAAUCACCACCACCACUACUCCACUGAUAACCACCACAGCAACAACGACUGCUCCUUCCACAAGCACUACUGCUCCUACGACCACAGCUGCUCCAACCACCACUACUUCAGAAACCACCACCACCAAUGCAGCCCCAAUCAUCACCACCACUGCUCCACUGAUAACCACCACAGCAACAACGACUGCUCCUUCCACAAGCACUACUGCUCCUACCACCACAGCUGCUCCAACCACUACGUCUCCAGAAACCACCACCACCAAUGCAGUCCCAAUCACCACCACCACUACUCCACUGAUAACCACAACAGCAACAACGAAUGCUCUUUCCACAAGCACUACUGCUCCUACCACAACAGCUGCUCCAACCACCUCCAGCACUACAGUCCCUAUCAACACCACAGAAACGACGACUGCUCCUUCCACAAGCACUACUGCUCCAACCACAACAGCUGCUCCAACCACCUCCAGCACUACAGUCCCUAUCACCACCACAGAAACGACGACUGCUCCUUCCACAAGCACUACUGCUCCUACCACAACAGCUGCUCCAACCACCUCCAGCCCUACAGCCCCAAUCACCACCACCACUGCUCCACUGAUAACCACCACAGAAACGACAACUGCUCCUUCCAUAACUGCUCCGACCACUACUUCUCCAGAAACCACAACCAGUACUGCAGCCCCAAUCACCACCACCACUACUCCACUGAUAACCACAACAGCAACAACGAAUGCUCUUUCCACAAGCACUACUGCAACUACCACAACUGCUGCUCCAACCACCUCCAGCACUACAGUCCCUAUCACCACCACAGAAACGACGACUGCUCCUUCCACAAGCACUACUGCUCCUAACACAACAGCUGCUCCAACCACCUCCAGCCCUACAGCCCCAAUCACCACCACCACUGCUCCACUGAUAACCACCACAGAAACGACAACUGCUCCUUCCAUAAGCACUACUGCUCCUACCACCACAGCUGCUCCAACCACUACUUCAGAAACCACCACCACCAAUGCAGCCCCAAUCACCACCACCACUGCUCCACUGAUAACCACCACAGCAACAACGGCUGCUCCUUCCACAAGCACUACUGCUCCUACGACCACAGCUGCUCCAACCACCACUACUUCAGAAACCACCACCACCAAUGCAGCCCCAAUCAUCACCACCACUGCUCCACUGAUAACCACCACAGCAACAACGACUGCUCCUUCCACAAGCACUACUGCUCCUACGACCACAGCUGCUCCAACCACCACUACUUCAGAAACCACCACCACCAAUGCAGCCCCAAUCAUCACCACCACUGCUCCACUGAUAACCACCACAGCAACAACGAUUGCUCCUUCCACAAGCACUACUGCUCCUACCACCACGUCUCCAGAAACCACCACCACCAAUGCAGUCCCAAUCACCACCACCACUACUCCACUGAUAACCACAACAGCAACAACGAAUGCUCUUUCCACAAGCACUACUGCUCUUACCACAACAGCUGCUCCAACCACCUCCAGCACUACAGUCCCUAUCACCACCACAGAAACGACGACUGCUCCUUCCACAAGCACUACUGCUCCUACCACAACAGCUGCUCCAACCACCUCCAGCCCUACAGCCCCAAUCACCACCACCACUGCUCCACUGAUAACCACCACAAAAACGACAACUGCUCCUUCCAUAAGCACUACUGCUCCUACCACCACAGCUGCUCCAACCACUACUUCAGAAACCACCACCACCAAUGCAGCCCCAAUCACCACCACCACUGCUGCACUGAUAACCACCACAGCAACAACGACAGCUCCUUCCACAAGCACUACUGCUCCUUCCACCACAGCUGCUCCAACCACUAAGUCUCCAGAAACCACCACCACCAAUGCAGUCCCAAUCACCACCACCACUACUCCACUGAUAACCACAACAGCAACAACGAAUGCUCUUUCCACAAGCACUACUGCUCCUACCACAACAGCUGCUCCAACCACCUCCAGCACUACAGCCCCAAUCACCACCACCACUGCUCCACUGAUAACCACCACAGCAACAACGACUGCUCCUUCCACAAGCACUACUGCUCCUACCACCACAGCUGCUCCAAGCACUACGUCUCCAGAAACCACCACCACCAAUGCAGUCCCAAUCACCACCACCACUACUCCACUGAUAACCACCACAGCAACAACGACUGCUCCUUCCACAAGCACUACUGCUCCUACGACCACAGCUGCUCCAACCACCACUACUUCAGAAACCACCACCACCAAUGCAGCCCCAAUCAUCACCACCACUGCUCCACUGAUAACCACCACAGCAACAACGACUGCUCCUUCCACAAGCACUACUGCUCCUACCACCACAGCUGCUCCAACCACUACGUCUCCAGAAACCACCACCACCAAUGCAGUCCCAAUCACCACCACCACUACUCCACUGAUAACCACAACAGCAACAACGAAUGCUCUUUCCACAAGCACUACUGCUCCUACCACAACAGCUGCUCCAACCACCUCCAGCACUACAGUCCCUAUCACCACCACAGAAAUGACGACUGCUCCUUCCACAAGCACUACUGCUCCUACCACAACAGCUGCUCCAACCACCUCCAGCCCUACAGCCCCAAUCACCACCACCACUGCUCCACUGAUAACCACCACAGAAACGACAACUGCUCCUUCCAUAAGCACUACUGCUCCUACCACCACAGCUGCUCCAACCACUACUUCAGAAACCACCACCACCAAUGCAGCCCCAAUCACCACCACCACUGCUCCACUGAUAACCACCACAGCAACAACGACUGCUCCUUCCAUAAGCACUACUGCUCCUACGACCACAGCUGCUCCAACCACCACUACUUCAGAAACCACCACCACCAAUGCAGCCCCAAUCAUCACCACCACUGCUCCACUGAUAACCACCACAGCAACAACGACUGCUCCUUCCACAAGCACUACUGCUCCUACGACAACAGCUGCUCCAACCACCUCCAGCCCUACAGCCCCAAUCACCACCACCACUGCUCCACUGAUAACCACCAAAGAAACGACAACUGCUCCUUCCAUAAGCACUACUGCUCCUACCACCACAGCGGCUCCAACCACUACUUCAGAAACCACCACCACCAAUGCAGCCCCAAUCACCACCACCACUGCUGCACUGAUAACCACCACAGCAACAACGACUGCUCCUUCCACAAGCACUACUGCUCCUACCACCACAGCUGCUCCGACCACUACUUCUCCAGAAACCACAACCAGUACUGCAGCCCCAAUCACCACCACCACUACUCCACUGAUAACCACAACAGCAACAACGAAUGCUCUUUCCACAAGCACUACUGCUCCUACCACAACAGCUGCUCCAACCACCUCCAGCACUACAGUCCCUAUCACCACCACAGAAACGACGACUGCUCCUUCCACAAGCACUACUGCUCCUACCACAACAGCUGCUCCAACCACCUCCAGCCCUACAGCCCCAAUCACCACCACCACUGCUCCACUGAUAACCACCACAGAAACGACAACUGCUCCUUCCAUAAGCACUACUGCUCCUACCACCACAGCUGCUCCAACCACUACUUCAGAAACCACCACCACCAAUGCAGCCCCAAUCACCACCACCACUGCUGCACUGAUAACCACCACAGCAACAACGACUGCUCCUUCCACAAGCACUACUGCUCCUACCACCACAGCUGCUCCGACCACUACUUCUCCAGAAACCACAACCAGUACUGCAGCCCCAAUCACCACCACCACUACUCCACUGAUAACCACAACAGCAACAACGAAUGCUCUUUCCACAAGCACUACUGCUCCUACCACAACAGCUGCUCCAACCACCUCCAGCACUACAGUCCCUACCACCACCACCACAGAAACGACGACUGCUCCUUCCACAAGCACUACUGCUCCUACCACAACAGCUGCUCCAACCACCUCCAGCACUACAUCCCCAACCACCACCACUGCUCCACUGAUAACCACAACAGCAACGACUACUGCUCCUUCCACAAGCACUAAUGCUCCUACCACCACAGCUGCUCCAACCACUACUUCUUCAGAAACCACCACCACCAAUGCAGUCCCAAUUACCACAACCACUGCUCCACUGAUAACGACAACAGCAACAACGAAUGCUCUUUCCACAAGCACUACUGCUCCUACCACAACAGCUGCUCCAACCACCUCCAGCACUACAGCCCCAAUCACCACCACCACUGCUCCACUGAUAACCACCACAGCAACAAUGACUGCUCCUUCCACAAGCACUACUGCUCCUACAACCACAGCUGCUCCAACCACCAAUACUUCAGAUACCACCACCACCAAUGCAGCCCCAAUCAUCACCACCACUGCUCCACUGAUAACCACCACAGCAACAACGACUGCUCCUUCCACAAGCACUACUGCUCCUACCACCAGAGCUGCUCCAACCACUACGUCUCCAGAAACCACCACCACCAAUGCAGUCCCAAUCACCACCACCACUACUCCACUGAUAACCACAACAGCAACAACGAAUGCUCUUUCCACAAGCACUACUGCUCCUACCACAACAGCUGCUCCAACCACCUCCAGCACUACAGUCCCUACCACCACCACAGAAACGACGACUGCUCCUUCCACAAGCACUACUGCUCCUACCACAACAGCUGCUCCAACCACCUCCAGCCCUACAGCCCCAAUCACCACCACCACUGCUCCACUGAUAACCACCACAGAAACGACAACUGCUCCUUCCAUAAGCACUACUGCUCCUACCACCACAGCUGCUCCAACCACUACUUCAGAAACCACCACCACCAAUGCAGCCCCAAUCACCACCACCACUGCUGCACUGAUAACCACCACAGCAACAACGACUGCUCCUUCCACAAGCACUACUGCUCCUACCACCACAGCUGCUCCGACCACUACUUCUCCAGAAACCACAACCAGUACUGCAGCCCCAAUCACCACCACCACUACUCCACUGAUAACCACCACAGCAACAACGAAUGCUCUUUCCACAAGCACUCCUGCUCCUACUACAACAGCUGCUCCAAUCACCUCCAGCACUACAGUCCCUAUCACCACCACAGAAACGACGACUGCUCCUUCCACAAGCACUACUGCUCCUACCACAACAGCUACUCCAACCACCUACACAACAACGACUGCUCCUUCGACAAGCACUACUGCUCCUACCACAACAGCUGCUCCAACCACUACGUCUCCAGAAACCACCACCACCAAUGCAGUCCCAAUCACCACCACCACUACUCCACUGAUAACCACAACAGCAACAACGAAUGCUCUUUCCACAAGCACUACUGCUCCUACCACAACAGCUGCUCCAACCACCUCCAGCACUACAGCCCCAAUUACCACCACCACUGCUCCACUGAUAACCACCAGAGCAACAACGACUGCUCCUUCCACAAGCACUACUGCUCCUACCACCACAGCUGCUCCAACCACUACGUCUCCAGAAACCACCACCACCAAUGCAGUCCCAAUCACCACCACCACUACUCCACUGAUAACCACAACAGCAACAACGAAUGCUCUUUCCACAAGCACUACUGCUCCUACCACAACAGCUGCUCCAACCACCUCCAGCACUACAGUCCCUAUCACCACCACAGAAACGACGACUGCUCCUUCUACAAGCACUACUGCUCCUACCACAACAGCUGCUCCAACCACCUCCAGCCCUACAGCCCCAAUCACCAUCACCACUGCUCCACUGAUUACCACCACAGCAACAAUGACUGCUCCUUCCACAAGCACUACUGCUCCUACGAGCACAGCUGCUCCAACUACCACUACUUCAGAAACCACCACCACCAAUGCAGCCCCAAUCAUCACCACCACUGCUCCACUGAUAACUACCACAGCAACAACGACUGCUCCUUCCACAAGCACUACUGCUCCUACCACCACAGCUGCUCCAACCACUACGUCUCCAGAAACCACCACCACCAAUGCAGUCCCAAUCACCACCACCACUACUCCACUGAUAACCACAACAGCAACAACGAAUGCUCUUUCCAAGAGCACUACUGCUCCUACCACAACAGCUGCUCCAACCACCUCCAGCACUACAGUCCCUAUCACCACCACAGAAACGACGACUGCUCCUUCCACAAGCACUACUGCUCCUACCACAACAGCUGCUCCAACCACCUCCAGCCCUACAGCCCCAAUCACCACCACCACUGCUCCACUGAUAACCACCACAAAAACGACAACUGCUCCUUCCAUAAGCACUACUGCUCCUACCACCACAGCUGCUCCAACCACUACUUCAGAAAUCACCACCACCAAUGCAGCCCCAAUCACCACCACCACUGCUGUACUGAUAACCACCACAGCAACAACGACUGCUCCUUCCACAAGCACUACUGCUCCUACCACCACAGCUGCUCCAACCACUACGUCUCCAGAAACCACCACCACCAAUGCAGUCCCAAUCACCACCACCACUACUCCACUGAUAACCACCACAGCAACAACGAAUGUUCUUUCCACAGGCACUACUGCUCCUACUACAACAGCUGCUCCAACCACCUCCAGCACUACAUCCCCAAUCACCACCACUGCUCCACUGAUAACCACAACAGCAACGACUACUGCUCCUUCCACAAGCACUACUGCUCCUACCACCACAGCUGCUCCCACCACUACUUCUUCAGAAACCACCACCACCAAUGCAGUCCCAAUUACCACAACCACUGCUCCACUGAUAACCACAACAGCAACAACGAAUGCUCUUUCCACAAGCACUACUGCUCCUACCACAACAGCUGCUCCAACCACCUCCAGCACUACAGCACCAAUCACCACCACCACUGCUCCACUGAUAACCACCACAGUAACAACGACUGCUCCUUCCACAAGCACUACUGCUCCUACGACCACAGCUGCUCCAACCACCACUACUUCAGAAACCACCACCACCAAUGCAGCCCCAAUCACCACCACUGCUCCACUGAUAACCACCACAGUAACAACGACUGCUCCUUACACAAGCACUACUGCUCCUACCACCACAGCUGCUCCAACCACUACGUCUCCAGAAACCACCACCACCAAUGCAGUCCCAAUCACCACCACCACUACUCCACUGAUAACCACAACAGCAACAACGAAUGCUCUUUCCACAAGCACUACUGCUCCUACCACAACAGCUGCUCCAUCCACCUCCAGCACUACAGUCCCUAUCACCACCACCACAGAAACAACGACUGCUCCUUCCACAAGCACUACUGCUCCUACCACAACAGCUGCUCCAACCACCUCCAGCCCUACAGCCCCAAUCACCACCACCACUGCUCCACUGAUAACCACCACAGAAACGACAACUGCUCCUUCCAUAAGCACUACUGCUCCUACCACCACAGCUGCUCCAACCUCUACUUCAGAAACCACCACCACCAAUGCAGCCCCAAUCACCACCACCACUGCUGCACUGAUAACCACCACAGCAACAACGACUGCUUCUUCCACAAGCACUACUGCUCCUACCACCACAGCUGCUCCGACCACUACUUCUCCAGAAACCACAACCAGUACUGCAGCACCAAUCACCACCACCACUACUCCACUGAUAACCACCACAGCAACAAUGAAUGCUCUUUCCACAAGCACUACUGCUCCUACUACAUCAGCUGCUCCAACCACCUCCAGCACUAAAUCCCCAACCACCACCACUGCUCCACUGAUAACCACAACAGCAACGACUACUUCUCCUUCCACAAGCACUACUGCUCCUACCACCACAGCUGCUCCAACCACUACUUCUUCAGAAACCACCACCACCAAUGCAGUCCCAAUCACCACAACCACUGCUCCACUGAUAACCACAACAGCAACAACGAAUGCUCUUUCCACAAGCACUAUUGCUCCUACCACAACAGCUGUUCCAACCACCCCCAGCACUACAGUCUCAAUCACCACCACAGAAACAACGACUGCUCCUUCCAUAAGCACUACUUCAGAAACCACCACCAGCACUGCAGUCCUAAUCACUACCACAACUGCAACAACAAAUGCUCAUUCCACAAGCACUACUGCUCCUACCACAACAGCUGCUCCAACCAGCUCCAGCACUACAGCCCCAAUUUCCACCACCACUGCUCCACUGAUAACCACAACAGCAACAACUACUGCUCCUUCCACAAGUACUACUGCUCCUACCACAACAGCUGCUCCAACCACCUCCAGCACUACAGCCCAAAUCACCACCACCACUGCUCCACUGAUAACCACCUCAGAAACGACAACUGCUACUUCCACAAGCACUACUGCUCCUACCACCACAGCUGCUCCAACCACUACAUCAGAAACCACCACCACCAAUGCAGCCCCAAUCACCACUACCACUGCUGCACUGAUAACCACCACAGCAACAACGACUGCUCCUUCCACAAGCACUACUGCUCCUACUACAACAGCUGCUCCAACCACCUCCAGCACUACAGCCCCAACCACCACCACCACUGCUCCACUGAUAACCACAACAGCAACAACUACUUCUCCUUCCACAAGUACUACUGCUCCUACCACCACAGGUGCCCCAACCACUACUUCUCCAGAAACCACAACCAGUACUGCAGCCCCAAUCACCACCACCACUUCCCCACUGAUAACCACAACAGCAACAACGAAUGCUCUUUCCUCAAGCACUACUGCUCCUACCACAACAGCUGCUCCAAUCACCUCCAGCACGACAGCCCUAAUCACCACCACCACUGCUCCACUGAUAACCACAACAGCAACGACUACUGCUCCUUCCCUAAGCACUACUACUUCUACCACAACAGCUGCUCCAACCACCUCCAGCACUACAGCCCCAAUCACCACCACCACUGCUCCACUAAUAACUACCACAGAAAUGACAAUUGCUCCUUCCAUAAGCACUACUGCUCCUACCACCACAACUGCUCAGACCACUACUUCAGAGACCACCACUAACAAUGCAACCCCAAUCACCACCACCACUGCUGCACUGAUAACCACCACAGCAACAACGACUGCUCCUUCCACUAGCACUACUGUUCCUACCACAACAGCUGCUCCAACCAGCUCUAGCACUACAGCCCCAACCACCACCACCAAUGCUCCACCUGUAACCACAACAGCAACGACUACUGCUCUUUCAACAAGUACUACUGCUGCUACCACCACAGCUGCUCCAUCCACUACUUCUCCAGAAACCACCACCAGCACUGCAGCCCUAAUCACUACCACCAAUACUCCACUGAUAACCACCACCGCAACAACGAAUGCUCUUUCCACAAGCACUACUGCUCCUACCACAACAGCUGCUCCAACCACCUCCAGCACUACAGCCCCUAUAACCACUACCACUACUCCAAAUAUAACCACCACAGAAACAACGACUGCUCCUUCCACAAGCACUACUGCUCCUACCACAACAGCUGCUCCAACCACCUCCAGCACUACAGCCCCAAUGACCACCACCACUGCUCCACUAAUAACUACCACAGAAACAACAAUUGCUCCUUCCAUAAGCACUACUGCUCCUACCACCACAACUGCUCAGACCACUACUUCAGAAACCACCAUCACCACCAAUCUAGCCCUAAUCACCACCACCACUGCUGCACUGAUAACCACCACAGAAACGACAACUGCUCCUUCCAUAAGCACUACUGCUCCUACCACCACAGCUGCUCCAUCCACUACUUCAAAAACCACCACCACCAAUCCAGAACUAAUCACCACCACCACUGCUGCACUGAUAACCACCACAGCAACAACGACUGCUCCUUCCACAGGCACUACUGCUCCUACCACCACAGCUGCUCCAACCAGCUCCAGCACUAUAGCCCCAAUUUCCACCACCACUGCUCCACUGAUAACCACAACAGCAACGACUACUGCUCCUUCCACAAUUACUACUGCUCCUACCACCACAGCUUCUCCAACCACUACUUCUCCGGAAACCACAACCAGUACUGCAGCCCCAAUUACCACCACCACUGCUCCACUGAUAACCACUACAGAAACGACGACUGCGCCUUCCGCAAGCACUACUGCUCUUACCACAACCUCUGCUCCAACCACCUCCAGCACUACAGCCCCAAUCCCCACCACCACUGCUCCACUGAUAACCACAACAGCAACGACUACUGCUCCUACCACCACAGCUGCUCCAACCACUACUUCUCCAGAAACCACAACCAGUACUGCAGCCCCAAUCACCACUACCACUACUCCACUGAUAACCACAACAGCAACAACGAAUGCUCUUUCCACAAGCACUACUGCUCCUACCACAACAGCUGCUCCAACCAGCUCCAUCACUACAGUGCCUAUCACCACCACAGAAACGACGACUGCUCCUUCCACAAGCACUACUGCUCCUACCACAACAGCUGCUCCAACCACCUUCAGCACUAUAGCCCCAAUCACCACAAGCACUGCUCCACUGAUAACCACUACAGAAACGCCGGCUCCUUCCAGAAGUACUACUGCUCCUACCACAACCUCUGCUCCAUUCACCUCCAGCACUACAGCCCCAAUCACCACCACCACUGCUCCACUGAUAACCACCACAGCAUUUACAACUGCUCCUUCCACAAGUACUACUGCUCCAACCACUACUUCUCCAAUAUCCACCACCAGCACUGCAGCCCUAAUUUCCACCACUGCUCCAUCUUUCAGCACUACUUCUCCAACAACGAUUACCACAACUCUAUACACCAGCACUGCUGUUCCAUUAACCACAACUGCUACUUCCAUUAGCACUUCCACUCCAACCAGCAUUCCCAGCAGUAGUACUUUAACAACCACAACUGUUGCUCCAUCCACCAUCAGUGCCACUUCAGCCAUCACAACCACCACUACUGCAGCCUUCAUCAGCAAAUUUUCAGUUGCACCAAUUAACGCUGCUCCUGUAACAACCACAGUUCCAACAGAAAUUACAACCUCUUCAUCUUAUAACACAAAUACACAGUUUACUAACACAAGUACACAAGAGGUUGUGAUACCAACACAAAUCUAUACUGAAGAGAACAUAACCAUCACAGCAGUACGAAGUAGUAGUAUAUUAAGUGUCCGCAUUUUAUCACAAUUAAUAAACAAUAAAGAGGUAAAAAGCUUAGAAAUAAAUGAAACCUAUACUAUUAAUUUUGAAAUGAAAACCAUCAGUGCUAAUGAAAUAUACAUUAAAACUACAAACUCUGUCUUUCCUACUACACUCCUAAUUAAUGUUGGAGGUUUGGAAUCUUUUAUUAACCAAACAGAUACUCUGAUUACAACAACUGAAACCACAAGUCCAAACACAGAAAAGUUUUAUCCUGAUGCCUACUGCAGUAAACCAGCUAAGAUCAACACAGUAACAGAAACAUCUGCCAAUGUUAGAAAGACUUGCUCCAACUUUACAUCAACUUUCGCCAAAACAACAAUUACUACUGAGGAAAUUAUUGUCCUGGGUUCUGAUGGAUCGCCAAAAGGUUGCACUCAUUACUAA